UGAAGUUGUUUGAGGGCUGGAGUGAUGUGAUGCCAGGAUUUGGUGUGGGUGAUGAGUCGGGCGGCUGCGUUCUGGACCAGUUGGAGUUGGUUGAUGUAGGUGGAGCUGAUGCCAAGGAGAAGUGAGUUGCAAUAGUCCAGUCGGGAGGAGAUGAAGGCAUGGAUGAGUCUUUCAGCAGCGGGAGGUGUGAGAGAGGGUCUGAGUUUGGCGAUGUUGCGGAGGCUCGGCCGCGGGCCAGUGGACGACAUCAUCGGGAGCUCGCAGGUCACAGGUGGUGACCUGUUUUUCCGGAGCUCCCGCAACUACAGCGUCCGCUGGACUGGAGGGUGGCAGCUUCGGCAUCUUCGACUGCCCUGGGCCGCGGAGUUUGAACCGGCCCAUUUGCGGAGCAUGGAUUCAGCCGCGGGACUUACCUCCCAUCACAGUGGGGUCACAACAUCGGAGGCCUGGAUUGUCUCAACGCAGAGGGAGAGCAAGGAGGGAAGAGACAAUGACUUUGGGACUUUAAACUGUGUAGAGUGUUUGUUAUUUAUUCUAUGUUAUGACUGCAGGCUAAACCAUUUUGUUGCACUGAAAAGUGCAAUGACAAUAAAUUGAAUCCAAUCCAAUCCAAUCCACACAUGCUCCUACCACAGUGCAGACUGCGACACAGACCACUCCUUGGUGUGUUGCAAGAUCAGGCUUCAGCCAAAGAGGUUUUACCGUACCAAGAAGCAGGGGAACCCCCGCAUCGAUGUCAGCAAGAUGUCCCGUCCAGAUCUCAUGCAACAGUUUGCAGAGGCUAUUGAGAGAGAACUUGGCACCUCGUGUCCGGGAGACUCUGCAACAGAGAACUGGUAAAUUCUGCGGUACACCAUGCACCGCACAGCCUUGGCUAGCUUUGGGAAGAUGACCUUGAAGACGCAUGACUAGUUUGAGGACAAGUCGACCGAGAUGACUCCUGUCAUCGAAGCCAAGCGAGUACAAGCGGUGAUCUAAUGAGAAGAACGUGCGGUUCCUCAGGGCUGCCAGGAGCAAGGUUCAGCAGACUGCCAGGCGUUGCGCCAAUGACAUCCGGACGGCCGCUAUUUCAGGGACCAUCAGGGGAAUGUACGAUGGCAUUAAGAAGGCAUUAGGACCAGUCCAGAACAAGAUAGCCCCCCUCAAAUCCUCCACUGGGGAAGUAAUCACAGACGAAUGCCAGCAGAUGGAGAGAUGGGUGUAACACUACUCCGACCUCUACUGGAGAGAGAACACUGUGUCCCCGUCAGCCCUUGAUGCCAUCGAGUGCCUGUCGACCAUGGAUGUGUUAGACGCAGAGCCGACGGUAGAAGAACUCAGCAAAGCCAUUGAGAGCCUGGCCUCGGGCAAGGCCCCAGGCAGCGAUCAGAUUCCCCCUGACCUGCUCAAGCAUUGCAAGACUACCUUACUGCUUCCUUUGGAUGAAGUCCUGUGCCAGUGCUGGCAAGAAGGAGCUGUACCGCAGGACAUGAGGGAUGCUACGAUCAUUACAUUCUACAAGAACAUGGGCAAGAGAAGCGACUGCAACUGCGGUUUCCGAGCUGGAAGGUCAACAGACAUGGUCUUCUCCCUUCGCCAGCUCCAGGAGAAGUGCAGAGAACAGCGGAUGCCCCUGUGUUGCUUUCAUUGACCUCACCAAGGCGUUCGACCUCGUCAGCAGAGAUGGCCUAUUUAAGGCUCUUCCAAAGAUCGGCUGCCCACCAAAACUGCAGAGCAUGACAGAAUCCUUCCACAUCAACACGAAGGGAACAGUGCAGUUCAAUAGCAGCUUCUCUGAGCCCUUCGACAUCUGCAGUGGCGUCAAACAAGGCUGCGUCCUCGCUCCCACACUCUUUGGGAUUUUCUUCACUCUGCUCCUGAAACAUGCCUUCGGCACUGCAACAGAGGGGAUCUACCUGCGUACUAGGUCAGGCUCUUCAAUGUUACCCACCUCAGAGCAAAGACAAAAGUACGUGAAGCUUUCAUCAGAGACAUGCUGUUUGCCGAUGACGCCGCAGUUGUGUCCCAGCAGGAACUACAGUCACUGUUGGACCGCUUCUAUCAGGCAUGCAAGGACUUCGGGCUGACCAUCAGCCUGAAGAAGACGAACGUCUUGGGGCAGGAUACCGAGGCACCGCUUGUCAUCACCAUCGACGACUACGAACUUGAUGCCGUCCAUCAGUUCACGUACCUCGGCUCCACCAUCACCGCCAACCUCUCCUUGGACACAAAUAUUGAUAAGAGGAUCGGGAAGGCAGCUACAACUCUCGCUCGCCUCACAACUCGAGUGUGGACCAACCCAAAGCUGACAGCGAAGACAAAGAUAGCAGCCUACGAUGCCUGUGUCAUCAGCACGCUGCUAUAUGGCAGUGAGACAUGGACUACAUAUGCUAGACAGGAGAGAAGACUCAACACCUUCCACCUGAGAAGCAUCCGCUGUAUCCUGGGAAUAUCCUGGCAAGGCAAAGUGUCCAACGCCAAGAUCCUGUCUCGCACUGGCCUUCCCAGUAUGUACACUCUACUCAGGCAGCGCAAACUGCGGAGGCUGGGCCAUGUCCACCGCAUGGAGGAUGUCCGUAUUCCAAAAGGCAUCCUCUAUGGAGAGCUGAUAUCUGGGAGGAGAACCAUCGGCCGCCCCCAGCUACGUUACAAGGAUGUCAGCAAGAGAGUUAUGAAGGCGCUCAACAUUGAUGUGGAGUCCUGGGAGAACCUUGCAGCUGACCGCACCAGGUGGAGAGGUACCCUGAACCAACAUCUCAAAACGGGGGAAGAGAAACUGUUGAAUGCAGCGGCAGACAUGUGGGCACGCGGAAAUGAGCGCGGCAACUUCAACAAACCAGAGACCACGCACAAAUGGGACUUUUGCCACAGAGGCUGUCACUCCCACAUUGGUCUCUUCAGCCACAAGCGACACUGCUCCAGCUGAGUUUAGAACAAGCAGCCAAUAACUAGGAUGCAUCACCCAUGGUCAGUCAUGACCGAGGGGGGCCUAUGAUUGUUAAGACUAUAAGAUAUCGGUAUCAAAAAUUAUUUCCUUAAAUUUAAGUAGGGUUGAAGUGAAACUCUUCUUCUGAGAAAAAUGCCAAGGAGAGUGAAGGAAAUAAUAAUAAUUGUCCAAAAUACAAAGUCCUGGAGUAACUCAACGUCAAGAGGCAUCUCUUAGACGACACGGGCAAGCAACUUUUCAGAUCCUGACCCAAAACAUCAUCUAUCCAUGUCCUCCAGAGAUGCUGCCUGACCUGCUGAGUUACUCCACCACUUCAUGCUUUACUCAAGUUUCUAGCAUCAGCAGCUUCUUGUGUCUCAAUAAUAAUUGUCUGCAUUAAUAAAAAUAAACAUGACAUGGAAAGUAGAAUUUUAAAAGGAUACAAAGUGGGUUAGGCAGCAUCUCUGCAGAACAUGGAUAGAUGAUAUAUCAGACAGGGACCCUUCUUAGUACUAAAUGGAAUGGAUGGAUUUGUUUGAGAAUCACUUUAAUCCCAAGUGAAGGAAGAUUUUGCAAAGGACUAAAUUUGAUUCAUAGUUAAUGAAACAACGAAUAAAAAUGAAAAGUAAAAAUAGCUGGAUUAAUGCAUUCAAUAGCAACAUUCGGCCCUCAACUUAGACAUGGGAGGAAUAUUGCGAGAAACUCACAUUUAUUUUCUACGAAUAACAUCAAUGCCUAAAAUAAACUGAACUCUAUUCUGAAUAGUAUGGUGGAAGCCCAUAUAUAGUUGAACUGGGAGUGAGAGAGUCAUAAACUAAAUUGAAGGAAUUGAUGGAUUUCUUGAAGCAUCACUUUAACCCCAAAUGAAGCAAGAUUUUGCAAAGGAUUACAUUUGAUUCAUAGUUAAUAAAAUCUAAUAAAACAAUGAAUGAAGAUGAAAAAUAAACAUGAUGCUGGGAAUCUAAAAAGUUCCAAAUGCCGGGAGCACUCAGCAGAUCAGGAAGCAUCUGUGGAAAACAAAACAGAUUUAACAUAUCAAUAUAGAUAAAAAUGCUGGAGAAACUCAGCGGGUGAAGUCUGAAGAAGGGUCUCGACCCGAAACAUCACCUAUUCCUUCACUCCAUAGAUGCUGCCUCACCUGCUGAGUUUCUCCAGCAUUUUUGUUUACCUUCGAUUUUUCCAGCAUCUGCAAUUCUUUCUUUAACAUUUCAAUAUGAUUCUUUCCAGUUUGUUUGUUUUUAUUUCUAACAAAAUGGUUGUUGAAUUUGUAAAUGAAUUGUGGAAGUUAUAACAAGAUUCUAAUUAUGGCAACACAAUCUCAAAGAUGCCAAGGGACAGAUUACUGUGUAAAAUCAAUGAUGACUGGUUUCAGAGCAGUUCUUAUCGGAAUGAUACAAUUUGCAUACCGUCCGAACAGAUCCACGGACGAUGCGAUCUCCCAGGUUGUGCACACCGCUCUCUCUCAUCUUGGCAGCCAGAAGGGGGACUUCAGUUCAGCCUUCAACGCGAUAGUCCCCACCAGACUGGCUGAGAAGUUACUGGAAUUAGGGCUCAACACCCCCCUGUGUGCCUGGACCCUGGACUUUCUCACUGCCAGGCCCCAGGUAGUCAAGAUGAGAGGGAAUCCCUCACCCUGAGCACAGGAUCCCCCCAGGAUUGCGUCCUCAGCCCCCUAUUGUACUCCCUGUACACACAUGACUGUGUGGCUAGGUUCAGCUCCAACUCGAUAAUCAAGUUUGCUGAUGACACUGUGGUGUUGGGCCUGAUCUCAGACAAAGAUGAGAAGGCCUACUGGGAGGAGGUGGCUGAUCUAGCACUCUGGUGUCAGGCCAACAGCCUCCUCUUGAACAUCAAAAAAACUAAGGAGCUGAUCAUGGACUUUAGGAGGGCACAUCAUCCGAGGACGUACACUCCAUUGAGGAUAAAUGGGGAUACUGUGGAUAGGGUGAGCUGUUUUAAAUAUCUGGGAGUCCACAUCUCUGAGGAUAUGACAUGGACAUCACACGCUGCAGCACUCGUGAGUAAGGCAAGGCAGCGCCUUUACCACCUCAGGCAAUUGAGGAAAUUCAGAGUGUCUCCGAGGAUCCUCCAAUGCUUCUACUCAGCGGCUGUGGAAAGCAUCUUGUCCAGAAAUAUUACAAUCUGGUUUGGGAAUUGCUCUGCCCAGGACAAGAAGGCUCUGCAGAGAGUAGUGCGUUCGGCUGAACGCACUAUGGGAACUUCACUCGCCCCCCUGCAGGAACUAUACAUCAGGAGGUGCAACUCCAGAGCCAUUAAGAUCAUGGGAGACCCCUUCCACCCCUGCAAUGGACUGUUCCAGCUGCUACGGUCAGGAAAACGCCUCCGUUGCCAUGCUGUGAGAACGGAGAGGUUGAGAAGGAGUUUCUUCCCAGAGGCCAUUAGGACUGUAAACUCCUAUCUCACCAGGGACUAACUUUACUGUACCAUUCUACUGUUUUUAUUUCCCCCCUUUUUCCUUCCGCCCACAAUAUUUAAUAUGUAAAAGAAUAUGUGAAUCUGUUCCAUUCUGUUUGUAGUUUGUUUGUUUGUUUUUUGCACCAAAUCUGUGGGCAUUGCCACUUUUCAUUUCAUUGCACAUCUCGUAUGUGUAUGUGACGAAUAAACUUGACUUGACUUGACUUGAAUGAAUCUGAGCUUUGAGAGUAUAUUGAAAAUGUAACAAAUAUAAACAUGCCAGAUUUACCAGUGGGAUUAUCUAUUCCAUGUACUAGCAUGCACAAAGAACAAGUGGCAAGACACUUUUUUGAGGCAAACCAAACAUGAUUUUGAAUGUAGAAGUAGAAGCUACGGAGAGAAUCAUAUGCUGUCCAAAACCUGCUUCAGGCUAUCAUUAAGAAUCCCCACCAUCCGCAUAAGACCCACUUCUCACUGCUACAAACCUGUAUGUCUUUGGAGUCUUGGAGGAAACUGAAGAUCUAGGGUAAAAGCCAUACAGGUAAUGGGGAGAAUAGACAAACUCCGUACAGACAAGUACCCAUAGUCAGGAUCGAACCCGGGUCUCAGGCACUGAAAGGCAGCAACUCUACCACUGCACCACCAUGCCACCCUGUUUGAGUUGAAAUUGUAAAUUUAUUUGCCUUUCCAAAGAUGCCCUUGUUUUCUAAUUGAGUAUUUUUACCCUAAUAUCUCUUAUU